AUGGGCCGCAGCCGGCGGGCGGGGCCGGACCGAAGGAUUAGGGCGGAGAAGGGCAAUUACAGCCGAGGGGCCGGCUCCGGCUUUCCUCCACUGCUGGGCUCAAAUGCCGCAUUUCGGAUGCAGCGCCGCGCCGCCCUGUUUGCUCGGGGAGUCGGGGCUCCGGGGCAGGAAGCCAACUCGCAAGAGUAUCGGAGAUUAGGGCCCGCGGCGGCGGGGGCGGGCGCUGGACAAACACGCGGCGGCCGCCUCAAUCCGCCGUCCUCUAUUCCGCCCGCGGCGACGCAGGGCCGGGACUCUGGGAGGCGCCCACGAGGGCUGCGGAGGCCGCGGCCCCUUCCCCGCCCCGGGCUCCGCGCUCCCCCGGGGGACGCUCCGCCUGCACGCGCGAGCUGCGGGGGCGGGGGGCAGAGCCAAGCUGCGCCUGGCGGGGAAGCAAUGGAUUUUUUUUUCUUCCUUCAAAUAUUCAUCAGUUUUGCUCCUUAA